AAUGACUGCCAUGUUACUCUCUCUAAUUAAUUUAAUUUCCUUCUUCUAACUUCAGAGUUCACUUCUACCUUCUCACACAUCAUGCAUUCCAUUUCACCACUUUCUCACUCACUCUCUCGACCCCUUCCCUUCUCAUUGGCACCAAACGUUUGUGUUUUUCCUCAUUCCACUGUUUUCUCAUAGGAAAUCGUGCAACGUGACUGAACCAUUUCUGCUUCUCUUUGACUUCUACUUCUUGUCCUCACUAUUGAGUCCAGUUUUUUUUUAUUUUAAAAAUUCCUUGUGAUUUUGAUAUUUGAAUAGCGGGGUUUCUGAAGUGUUGAUAUUUGCUGUGAUGGGAAGACAAAGUCCUGGAAAAUGGAUCAGAAACUUACUUCUGGGGAAGAAAUCAUCAUCAAAGUCCAAGUCUUCUAGAGAGAAACAUAUUUAUUGUGAUUUCAAUUCUGUUGUAAAGAAACCUUCAAGUAACAAGGAUGUUCUGGUGGUGUCUUCCGAGGCAUCCAUGUCUACUCCAACAUCUGGAGCUAAUAAUGCUACUAAAGGAGUGCUAUCAGAAAAGGAAGUAGUUAGUAUAUCAUCAAAUGCACGAUCUCUUUCUAAUUUUGGUUCUGGGGACCAUCAUGAGAAAAUCAAGCUAAUAAAAGCAGCGAUAAUAGUUCAGGCUGCUAUCAGAGGCUAUCAGGCGCGUGGGACAUUUAAAACUCUCAAAGGUAUCAUACCACUACAAGCUUAUAUUCGUGGCCACUUGGUUCGAAGACAAGCUAUUUCUGCUUUAUAUUGUGUGAAGUCAAUAGUUAAAUUUCAAGCAUUGGCUCGUGGUUACAAGGUUAGGCACUCUGAUAUUGGGCUUGCAGUUCAGAAAAUUUUUAAGGAUACUAAAUUUCCAAAUUCAAUUGGAGUAGUUACAUCCACACAGGCAAUGAUGCUCUCAGAUAAUAUCUUUGUUCACAAGCUUCUGGCAUCAUCACCCUCUGUGGUUUCUCCAUAUCUCAAACACAAUGCUGGUGAACCUAACUUGGCUUGGGAGUGGCUUAGCCGCUGGACGAAAUCACACUUUUGGCUACCUCUUCCAGAAGUGCAGAAACCUGAUUCAAUGUCUGAUAAGAAAAAUGGAAGCUGUCAAACAACUGAAACUAAAGAGGGACAAGUCAAAAGAAAUGCCAAGAUAGCACCUGCUGUGAGGGUUGGUGAUGAUUCAGUUUCAGAUUCUAACAAACAUAAACGGUCUCCCAAAAAGGAUUCAAACCUCCCAUUGCAUUCAUCCAAGGAACAUCCACAAAAGGAACAUGAGAAAAGAAGUUCCAAAAAGUAUCAAAUUCAGAAUGUUUCUAAUAAAUCCGAGGUUGCUACCAAGAAGAGAACACACAUCACAAGAAAAGUUUCACAUCAUGCAGUUAAUGAUGUUCCAGAGGAAGAUGCUAGUGCUUCUCCAGAGACGAUGAAAGAUUUGUCAAUGUCAAAGUUAAAACAGUCUGACAUUGAGAAAAGUCUAGGAGAUCAAGCAGAAGAGAAUGAAAAUGAGUCAUGUAAUGAUACUAAUCCUCACUUGCAAUCUAGUUUGAUGAAUGUAAAAGAUGGAGGAGUCAUUGAGGACUUUAAUGAUGGUGAAAAUUGUAUCAACAAUGUAAACUCUAAGAAUUUCCAGAGAAGAGCUUCCCUACCUGCUAAUUUUUCAGAUCAUGAAAAUGUGUUACAUAGUAACACUCCAAGAGCACUUCCCAGUUAUAUGGCUCCAACUGAAUCUACAAAAGCCAAGCUAAGAGGCCAAUGCUCUCCAAGGUCUGCUAGUGAUUUGGUAGAUGUAAACAGUUUAACUCGGCGGCUUUCACUUUCAUCUUCGCUUAAUGGCAAAUUAGGUCCAUUCUCUCCACGAGCAGAUAGAUUGGCAGUCUUGAGCAGCAAAGGAAUGAUGAGGACUGACAGAUCUCUAUCAUCUUCUAGGGAUGGAACUGAUAAGUUGACCCAACCUCAGUGGCGAAGGUGACUUUACCUAAGCUUUCAGAUAAAAGAUGCUGCAUGGAGAUAAAAUCUUAGUCUUGUGAAAUAUAUGCUGACUUGCGUUACAUCAUUGUGCCUUUCUUUACUCGUCAUUCUUAUUUGUGAUCAUCAAUAUUGAUGCAUAUACAUUGUGUAAUCAGAGACUAUCAAAUGUUGGCGGGUAUAUAUUAAGGAAUCUUAGCUUUGUGAUAUUGUACUGCUCAGACAAUUAUUUCUAGGAAUGCAAUUAUUUCAAAUUUAAAGAAUAUUUUUUUGGAUCAAAUGUGUAAUCCGGAAUCAACAUUGGAUGACACAAGUGGUAGUAGCUUGUGUCUCUUAACCAAGAUGGUUAGGGAUUGAAUUUUGAUUUUAAAUAUGGAAUAGAUUA